AUGGGCCGCGGCUCGCCACAGCCGUCGCCGCCACCGCCGCCGCCGCUGCCGCCGCCGUCGCAUUUGGCGGGGACCCUCUCGUGGCCGUGGCGGAAGACGCCGAGGCCCAGGAUGAGGCCCACCGCUGUCAACGCCGCCACCACCCCGAGGAAGAUCUUGGUGGCCUUUCCCACGUAG